CUACGUCACUGGGGAUGCAAGGAUCAGAUAAAUCUGCAGCUGGAGCAACAGGAAAGCCACGAGAGUACCAGAGGACAUUUGCAGAGCUACUCCCAGAGCCUUUUUGGUGACCUGUGUAAAAGAGUUACAAAAUGUCUUACAACGUGACUCUAAAUGGACCUGGACCAUGGGGUUUCCGACUGCAAGGGGGAAAGGACUUCAACAUGCCCUUGACCAUAUCCAGAAUGCACAUAGAUGGUGGAGUGUUGUGCUGGAGGAAGGAGGGCACAAGAGACGUAACAGGCAGGCAGGAGAAAAGAUCACUCCUGGCAGCAAAGCAGCCCAGUCCCACAUGAACCAGGGGGACCUUGUGGUAGCCAUUGAUGGAGUCAACACAGAUGGCAUGACCCACUUAGAGGCCCAGAACAAGAUCAAAUCAGCCAGCUACAACCUGAGCCUUACCCUUCAAAAAUCUAAACGCCCAGCUCCAGUUCCAACAGCCACACCUAAAGUUGACUCUCCCAGGCCUGUAAUUCCCCAUCAGAAGGACCCUGCUUUGGAAAUCAGUGCCAGCAGAACAACCUUCAGUCCUCUAACUAACACAGCGACUGGGCCUUUGGGUAGUAUUUUAGCCACCAAUGGAACGUUUUCAGGCUACCUCAGCAAGCAGGAGAUCAGCUGUUCAAAUAGCUCUUCCGUCUUAAAGACCACUGCAGUUAGAACUUCCAUGGCCUCUCUGUCUGUGACACCUGACAUUUCACCUGCAAAGAGUAACCUAAGUUCAAAACUAAGACCUGUGUUCACUGAUGGCAGUAGUCCUAAACACCAGCUGAGCCCUGCAAGGCAAUAUAACAACCCCAUUGGCCUUUACUCAGCAGAGACUCUAAAGGAAAUGGCUGAGAUGCAUAAAUUAAGUCUCAAACGAAGGGCUUCAGAAGGUGGACUUCCUAGAGGUAGCCUUCCUGUUAAAGAUCCUCACAUAGAUAGUGCCUCUCCAGUGUAUCAGGCUGUGCUUAAAACGCAGAACAAGUCUGAGGAUGAGCUUGACGACUGGACUCGCCGUUCUGCCAAUCUGCAGUCCAAGUCUUUCCGCAUCCUCGCCCAGAUGACGGGAACAGAGUACAUGCAAGACCCGGAUGAAGAAGCCCUGAGGAGAUCAAGGGAAAGGUUUGAAACGGAACGUAACAGCCCACGCUUUGCCAAAUUGCGCAACUGGCAUCAUGGCCUAUCGGCGCAAAUCCUUAAUGUUAAAAGUUAAAAACCCACGUGUAACAAAUAAAUGUGCAAGAUAUAAAAUUACACUAAAGAAUUAACUGCUUUCCUGAGUUAGAACCUGGGGUAUCAUAUAUAUAUACAUACACAGUAAAGACAUAAGAUAGGGGUUUUUCUCUGAGUGCCUGCCUUUAUUGUUUUCUGUUGCUAGCCUGAUAUUUCUCC